UGGAGGUUGCGGCACACACCGGGGCACCUGGGGCGUCCAGGUCCGCACAGCGCACCCGGGGGAGAUCGCAGCCAUGCUGGUGGCCGGGGGCGCGCGGGCGGCCGCGCUGGCGCUGCUGCUGGGGGCACUGCACGGGGCGCCAGCGCGUGGCCAGGAGUACGACUACUACAGCUGGCAGACUGAGCCGCUGCACGGCCGCUCCUACUCCAAGCCGCCGCAGUGCCUCGACAUCCCCACCGAUCUGCCGCUCUGCCACACAGUGGGCUACAAGCGCAUGAGGCUGCCCAACCUCCUCGAGCACGAGAGCCUGGCCGAGGUGAAGCAGCAGGCGAGCAGCUGGCUGCCGCUGCUGGCCAAGCGCUGCCACUCUGACACACAGGUCUUCCUCUGCUCGCUCUUCGCGCCCGUCUGCCUCGACCGGCCCAUCUACCCAUGCCGUUCGCUGUGCGAGGCCGUGCGAGCCGGCUGCGCGCCGCUCAUGGAGGCCUAUGGCUUCCCCUGGCCAGAGAUGCUGCACUGCCACAAGUUCCCCCUGGACAACGACCUCUGCAUCGCUGUGCAGUUCGGGCACCUGCCUGCCACCGCGCCUCCAGUGACCAAGAUCUGCGCCCAGUGUGAGAUGGAGCACAGUGCUGAUGGCCUCAUGGAACAGAUGUGCUCCAGUGACUUCGUGGUCAAAAUGCGCAUCAAGGAGAUCAAGAUAGAGAAUGGGGACAGGAAGUUGAUUGGAGCUCAGAAGAAGAAGAAGCUGCUCAAGCCAGGCCCUCUAACACGCAAGGACACCAAAAGGCUGGUCCUGCACAUGAAGAAUGGAGCAGGGUGCCCCUGCCCGCAGCUGGACAGCCUGGCCGGCAGCUUCCUAGUCAUGGGCCGCAAAGUUGAUGGACAGCUGCUGCUGAUGGCCGUCUACCGCUGGGACAAGAAGAAUAAGGAGAUGAAGUUCGCAGUCAAAUUCAUGUUCUCCUACCCCUGCUCCCUCUACUACCCCUUCUUCUACGGGGCUGGGGAACCCCACUGAAGGACCCUCCUCCUGCCUUACCCAGCCAGCUGUGCCUUGCCCUCUGUCUCUGCCCACCUGGCCUUGCCCCCAUUCCCAGGCUGACCAAGCUCCUACAGGAAGGUAGCUUGGAGCAGUUGUUACUGGCACAGGCCCCAGUGGAUGGGCAGGGAAUCUAGGUUGUCCUCCUUGACCAAGGAGUCCUGGAUUCCCUGGAGUCUUGGGUGCCCUCUCUCAGAAGGGCUUUCUCCCCUGGGUCUCAGAAAGUGGCCAGAGGGAGGUGAGAGCAAGAGAAAGGUGUUGGGGCUUGGGCAGCCUAAGGAGGGAUGUCCAAAGUAGACGGUGUCAGCUCCCCUCUGCUGCUGGUGGUGGGGCCUUGCCUCUGAGAGGGUCUCAGUGUUAGGCUGAGCUGCUUGGGGACAGUUUCCUCCCCCACUGCUCCUUUCUGUGCCCUUACUGCAGCACUCCAAGGAACAGGAGUUAGGUUCCCAAUGCCCUUUGGCCACACCCUGCUUUCCCAUCUAGACCAAUUCUCUACCCUAGGCCUUGAGCCUGGUGAACUGGCAAGCAGGCCCAGCCCCAACCCUGCAUAUACCCUAUCCUGCAAGCUCUUCUGGGGGCUCAUUCCCCAGCUUCCUGCUCUCCCUCUGCCCCUGGUAAUGAUAAGUUAUUGCUACUGCUGUGGGGCCAUAGGUUCUGGACCACAGAUACAGGCAAGGUUUCAUUAAUUUUUUUUAAGUUUUUAAUUAAAUGAAAGAAAACAAAAGUUGGUUUGGACCAGAUGAUUUGUCAACUAGUUCCAAAGAAGAUGAGGGUUAUGGAAGUUCAAAUGGAUUUUUAGCAAGACAUCCUUAUCCUAACCCACAGCCUGACCACACAGACCUCCUUUGGCAUGCCUGUUUCUGUGGCUUCCCAAGAGCACAUGGCAAGGGUCACCUCUGCAUCCCAACCACUGUGAGGGAUGGAGGUGACUGCCUUCUGUCCCUGAAGAAGAACAGAAGUGCCAAGUUAGUCAGCCUGCUCCAUGGCCAGGAGAGUCCCACAGCAUAUCCCCUGGUUGUGAGGAGUCCAGGGAACUAUGCCUGAGGCACUGGACACAUCACUUCUCCCCAAAGGUUUUCAGCCACCCCUCAGCACCGAUACUGACCUGUAGGUGACAGAUGUUGUACAGUGGUGCUACUCUAAGCAUGCUCCCUUGGCCAUCAGCAGCCCUAUCACCUAGGAGCUGGUUAGGAAUGCAGAAUCCCAGGCCUCAACUUGGACCUGUGGUAUCAGAAUCUGCAUUUUAAGACAUAAACAGCAAACGGUCUACACAGCUUUUACAAAACACUAUGCUCCACCCCAAUGCAACUAAAAUGGGCUCUCUGGGAGUUGUCCAGAGAUCAUCAUCUUAGAUGCCACCUGGGUGAGGUGCAACCAGGCUGAGAACCCCAUCAGGACGAGGUGACAUCUGAGGCGGGGAGAGGGUGAGGGACUGGGACCUGCUGCAGCCACUUUGGAGUGGAUGGAGCAGGGAAGGGAGAAGGCCUCAAAUGGAGGUAAGAGGCAGCUGCCACGCAGAUAGCCAGUGUUUGAAAGGGGUGGUGCCAGGAAAGAGAUCCUUGCGGAGCCCAGGGCCCAUCAGUAGACAUGGAGGGACAGGGCAGAUGUCCCCAGAGCAGAAGGCAGGGCAAUGCCUAAGGGUCUUUCCUGGCCAGUAGGGUGGAUCUAGGAUGCCAUGUCCCAUCAAGAACUGCUAUUCAUCCAAAUCAAAGUAGCAAUGAGUAAGGAAAACCACUCUGGGGAGCACAUCACCUUGGGAAAAUGUCACCAGGGAUAAACUGGAUGACAUUUCUCCAAAAAGACCAGAGGCUGAACUAUGCGGUGGGAUCAAUGUGAGCUACAUUCCCCAAGGUCUCGGUAACAGGUGGCUUGACAAGUUGCCCAUAAACCACCCUGAGCAGUCAGGUAGCCUCAGCACAGUCCAGGAGGCAGCAAAGGUCUACUUGUUUCUCCUCCACCUUGGCAAAGCCACUACCACCCACCCUGCCCAAACCCUGCCCAGCCCACCUGGCUCCCUGAAUCUGUUCCUUGUCUCCUAGCCUCCUGCCCCGACCAAAUAUUUACGGACACUUCUAUGGUCAACCAGGACUAGGGAUUAUUUUUCCACAGAGCACACAGACCGUGGGCUGCCUCUGGCUGAAGUUACAAUGCUGACCUCUGUCAGGAGCAGUGGGGUGGGGAGAGGUCCUCAGCCACCCCAUGAAGCCAGGUCAGGCACUCCCAGCACCCACACGUGGGGCCAGGGCUCUGUUCUACAUCCACUGCCUCACACCUGCUACCAGGCCCCACACAUCUUUUCUGGGACCAAGAAGAAUCCUCCCAGAGACCAGAGAGGCCCUGCCCAGCCCAAACCC